CUUCGCAUCCUGAGGGAAAGGAAUUGGAUCCUGCUAGCCAGGAACGGGCAGCUUGGCAAAGUUUCCCGUCCGGGGAAAAGUAACGACUUUCCGGUGGACUUCCCCUCAAGUUCAGAUCUCACCACGCGGGUCCUUCAGUUUGUAGAAGACAGGAUGCAAACAACGAUGUUAACUGGAAUGGUUAUCGGUGCCACGGUCGCCUUACUGCUGAUUGGGAUCGUUGUCUAUUUUGUUUACAGGAAGGUGAAGGAGUUGAAGCAACCUCAGCCCCACGUGCCUCAGUACAGGUUCCGCAAGAGAGAUAAAGUCAUGUUCUACGGUCGGAAGAUCAUGCGGAAGGUGACGACACUGCCCAACUCUCUGGUCGGGAACACGGUGCCUCGGCAGCGGAUGCGGAAAAGGGCCAAGGUCUUGUCCUUGGCCAAGAGGAUCCUCCGUUUCAAGAAGGAGUCUCCCACCCUUCAACCCAAAGAGCCCCCUCCCUCUUUGCUGGAAGCCGACCUGACGGAGUUUGACGUGAAGAACUCUCACCUGCCUUCCGAAGUCCUCUACAUGCUGAAGAACGUCCGAGUCCUCGGGCAUUUUGAGAAGCCGCUUUUCCUCGAGCUUUGCAAGCACAUGGUCUUUGUGCAGCUGCAUGAAGGGGAGUACAUCUUCCGGCCGGGGCAGUUGGACAACAGCAUCUACGUGGUCCAGGAUGGGAAGCUGGAAGUCUGCAUCCAGGAAAAUGACGGGACAGAAGUGGUGGUCAAAGAGGUCCUGGCCGGUGACAGCGUACACAGCCUCCUCAGCAUCUUGGAUGUCAUCACAGUACGUUCGCUGUGCCUGUCGAUCAUCAUGGUGAGGCUGCAGAGAGUGACCUUCCUGGCUUUGCACAACUACCUCGGCUUGACCACCGAACUCUUCAAUUCUGAGAACCAAGCCAUCCCGUUGGUGUCGGUCGCCAGCGUCACGUCCGGCGGCAACGCCAGCAAGGUCGUGAAGAGGCAGCUGUCCAAUCUGUCGGAGGAAGACCGGGCCGAAAGGCAGGAGAGACUGGGGACACCUCCUGAGACAGACGGAGGGCGAUCUGGAUCUGAGGUUCCCCUCAGGAGGAGCUUGUCUCUGACAUCACCAUCAUUAACCGGACAUACGGAUACUGCCGGGACCUUGGCCGGGGCGAAAGCGGACUUGGAUAUGGCCUACGAGAGAGCCAGAGUCACCUCUGCCUCCUCUUCUUCGGAUGUGCUUUCCAGCCCGGCCACCUGCAAGUCCAUCUUGACGAAGGUGACUGUCACGGAGAUGCCGUCAGCCGUCUUCCACUACACACAGAGCAACCUCCCCGUGCAGGACCCCAGCGCCAGCAAGCAGCUGGACGCCAUCUUAGAAGCCGCCAAGAAGGACCUUCUGACGCUAAUGAAACUGGAUAACCCGUCUCUCUUGAAUGGGAAGGUGACCCUGCACCAGGUGACUGCCGGGACAGUGGUGUCGAGACAAGGAGACCAGGACGUCAACAUCCGCUUCGUGAUCUCCGGGAUGCUGCAUGUCUAUCAGCGGAAGAUCGACUCCGAGGAGGAGACCUGCCUGUUCAUCACCCAUCCAGGGGAGCUGGUGGGGCAGCUGGCCGCCCUCACUGGGGAGCCCCUGAUCUUCACCAUCAAGGCUAACCGGGACUGCAGCUUCCUUGCCAUCGCCAAGUCCCACUUCUACGAGAUCAUGAGGGAGCAGCCGACGGUGGUUCUGGGGGUGGCCCACACAGUGGUGAAACGCAUGUCCUCGUUCGUGAGACAGAUCGACUUUGCUCUGGAUUGGAUGGAAGUGGAAGCCGGGCGGGCGGUUUACAGGCAGGGAGACACCUCCGACUGCACCUACAUUGUGUUGAACGGGCGGCUUCGCUCCGUCAUCAGGAUGGACGAUGGAAAGAAACACCUGGCAGGAGAAUAUGGCCGCGGGGAUCUGAUUGGCGUGGUCGAAGCCUUAACUCACCAGCCGAGGGCUACGACGGUCCAUGCGGUCCGCGAUUCUGAGCUGGCCAAGCUGCCCGAGGGGGCACUGACCUCCAUCAAACGCAAGUUCCCCCAGGUUGUAACCAGGCUGAUCCAUUUGUUGGGCGAGAAGAUCCUCGGCAGCCUUCAGCAAGGGGGUCACCCUCUGGGACUUCACACCCCGAGCAGCAAAUGGGACGCCAGUAACCCGGCCAGCAACCUCUCCACCGUGGCCAUCAUGCCGGUCUCGGAAGACGUCCCUCUCUCCACCUUCACUCUGGAGCUCAAACACGCGCUGUGCGAUAUCGGUCCCACCCUGCUCCUCACCAGCGACAACAUCAAGCAGCAACUGGGCUCGGCCGCUUUGGACAGGGACGGCACCCUCACCCCGUGGACCCAGCGCUGCAUCCGGCAGGCGGACUGCAUCUUGAUCGUGGGCCUCGGGGAACAAGAGCCGACCGUUGGGGAGUUGGAGCGGAUGUUGGAGAACACGGCCGUCCGAGCCCAGAAGCAACUGAUCCUGCUCCACCGGGAGGACGGGCCCCUUCCUUCCCGGACCGUGGAGUGGCUGAACAUGCGGAGCUGGUGCUCGGCUCACCUCCACCUCCGUUGCCCGCGCCGCGUCUUCUCCCGACGGAGCCUGCCCAAAUUGAAAGAACUGUACGAGCGUGUGUUUCAGAAGCCUCCGGACAGACACUCGGACUUCUCCCGGCUGGCCCGCGUCUUGACGGGGAACGCGAUCGCUUUAGUGCUGGGAGGAGGAGGCGCGCGCGGCUGCUCCCAGGUGGGCAUCAUCCGGGCCCUCAACGAAGUGGGCAUCCCGGUGGACAUGAUCGGCGGCACCUCCAUCGGCUCCUUCAUGGGGGCGCUCUACGCGGAGGAGCGGAGUUACACCCAGAUGAGGAUCAAGGCCCGGCAGUGGGCAAUGAACAUGAAUUCGGUGUUCAAAACUGUCCUCGACUUGACCUACCCCAUCACCUCCAUGUUCUCUGGAGCCUCCUUCAACAGCAGCGUCUCUGACAUCUUCAAAGACAAACAGAUUGAGGACCUCUGGAUUCCGUAUUUCAUCAUCACCACAGACAUCACCGCUUCGGAGAUGAGGGUCCAUACAGAUGGUUGCCUCUGGCGCUACAUCCGAGCCAGCAUGUCCCUCUCGGGCUACUUGCCCCCGCUCUGCGAUCCGAAAGACGGCCACCUCCUGAUGGACGGCGGGUACAUCAACAACCUCCCAGCGGACGUGGCCCGAUCCAUGGGCGCCAAAGUGGUCAUCGCCAUCGACGUGGGCAGCCGGGACGAGACCAACCUCACCAAUUAUGGGGAUGCCCUCUCCGGCUGGUGGCUGCUGUGGAAGCGGUGGAACCCGCUGGUGGAGAAAGUCAAGGUGCUGAACAUGGCGGAGAUCCAGACCCGGCUGGCUUACGUCUGCUGCGUCCGCCAGUUGGAGAUGGUCAAGAGCAGCGAUUACUGCGAAUACAUCCGGCCGCCCAUCGACCGCUACGGCACCUUGGACUUCGGGAAGUUCGACGAAAUCUGUGAGGUGGGUUAUCAGCACGGGAAGACGCUCUUCAACGUCUGGUGCAGAAGCGGCGUCUUGGAGAAAAUGCUGAAGGACCGUCAGGAGCUGUACAAAACCAAGCCUUCGUGCCUGGUCACCUGCCCCACCACGUCCUUCACGGACUUGGCCGAAAUCGUGUCCCGGAUAGAGCCGGUCAAACCUCUUGUGGUGGAUGACGAAUCCGACUAUCAGACCGAGUACGAAGAGGAGGUUUUGGGCAGCCAGAAGGACGACUACGCGGAUUUUCUGAGCAGCCAGACGGGAGAGGACUCCGAUUCGGAUCGUGACGUCCAGCCGCGGAAGCGGUCCAGCGUCAGCAGCCAAGAGGACCGACUCGUGGCGUGACGGGACUCGCCGACAGGCCAGCCCCCCUCGCGCGGUCUCUCGGCUCCUUCUUGACCUGACGGAACCUCCCCGGUCGAGACGCAGCCGUGUUUUACUUUUUUUUCCCCUGGCUUUUCUCUCUGGCCUAAAAACCAGGCUAGCGAAACAGUCCGCCGUCAAGGGGUGAGCCGUUCCUUUUAUCCUUCCGGCUGCCGAUCUGCAGAAACUUUCCUUGCCGUGAUGAAACCGUGGGUUGCAUUUUAUCGGUUAUUCAGUAAGUGGGGGACACAAACAUUCACGAUACUGGGCUAAGCUCGUUCCGUGCACUAGGACAGGACGUGAGUUGUUCACACGUGCGUGCGGCAUGUGUGAAAGAUCCAGCCGUGCGGAGAAGCAGCUUCUUUGCACCCUCAGUGAGUCACCCCCAUCCCGCCCCCAAAUAUGUUUCCGUUCUUGCGCCAGCCCUUCGUAAGGGGGGAGCGAACGAUUCUGCCGGCAGUUUAGCAGGAACCUUGAAUGUUAAACGUGCAAACGGAUCGGGACGUUCCUUGCCUCCGACACAGCGUGACAGCGAAGCCAUCUGUCAGGAGCCGGUGAUGGCAGCAAUCAGCUUCUUGCAUCAGAAACCGUCCGUCAGAGUGACUUUUCGGAGUGCGCACGCACCCUCUCUCUCAUUCUCUGGAGCAGGCUGUCUCAAAGGAUCUUUUCCUUGUGUCUUUCCCGAAUCCUUGACCACGAGAGGCCUGGCGUCAACAGACAUCAUCACAACACCAGCUAACCUUGUCCUCCAAGUCACGAUCAUUUGCACUUUGUCCUUCCCCAGGUCUCCUUACAAAGAAUAAAAUCCGGAAACCAAAUCUCUGUGGUGCCACUGCUCCAAUUCAUUAUAGUUACUAUUAUUUAAGGAGCCUUGUGACGCAAUGGUUAAACUGCAGUACUGCGGUCAAGACUCUGCUCUCGACCCGAGUUUGAUCCGAGCCAGAUCAAGAGCGACUCAGCCUUCCAUCUUUUCCGAGGUCAGUGAAUUGAGUCCCAACCUUACUGGAGGGGCAAUCUGGGCGGUUGACAACGCCUAAGCCCUGAUGGACGACACCAGAUCCAUUUUCCAGACUCGCAAGCCCUCUAGGGUUUCCUGAAGCAGAGGCUCUCUCGCGGGGUCUCCCCGAGGGUUUUGGCCCGGGCAGCGGUUCCCAACCCAGAAAUCCUGGCCGGCGGCGCUAGUGGCAAAGGCUUCUGGGAACAUCUGGGAACCACUGAGCUAAAGGGGUGGGUCUU